AUGAACGGAAAGACUUUCAACGCAUACUUUGUCUUUCUCCAGAUUAUCUUCUACGAGGAGAGGAACUUCCAGGGCUGCUCCUAUGAGUGCAGCAGCGACUGCUCCGAGCUCUCCUCUCACCUGAACAGGUGCAACUCCUGCAGGGUGGAGAGUGGCAUGUUCAUGGUGUACGACCGGCCCAACUACAUGGGCCACCAGUACUUCCUGAGGAGGGGAGAGUACCCUGAGUACCAGCACAUGAUGGGCUUCAACGACUGCAUCAGGUCUUGUCGUAUGAUCCCCCAGCACAAGGGCCAGUUCAGGAUGAGGAUCUACGAGAAGGAGAACUUCGGAGGCCAGAUGCACGAGGUGAUGGACGACUGUGACUCUAUCCAGGAGCGUUACCAUAUGCCCGAGAUGCAGUCCUGCAACGUGAUGGACGGCCACUGGGUCAUGUACGAGCAGCCCCAAUUCAGAGGCAUGCAGACCUACCUGAGGCCUGGAGAGUACAGGAACACAAGAGAGAUGGGAAUGGGGAAUGAUGAAAUGAGGUUCCAGUCCAUGAGGCGCAUCAGCGGCGAUGCUGCUUUUUAA